CAAGAGGUCAAAUAAAUCCGUACGCUUUUUAUUGGAUAGUACAAUAGUUAAACGUUGCGUAUUAUGCUGUAUAAAGAAAAAUUGAAUACUACAUGUAUUAAAAACGUCAUGUAAUUUCCCGUGAUAUAUUACUAAAAGAAAUAUUUUGAUUUGAUUAACAUUCAUCAGGUUUAAGAUAAGAAGAUGACGUCACUAUAUAAAAGUAAUGGUAUAUACACUAGUUAUACCAGCACUACUGGCAGAGAUUGUAGAACAAUGGAACCGGAAACAUUGUGUUUCUGUCAACAUGGUUACAAGAACCACAAGGUUAAUUUUGAGGAGGUUCCUAAAGAACGCCCAAUAAAGUUACCAUGCCGGGUCUCUGGUUGUAAAUGUACCAGCUUUCACUUCGUACCUCCUCUCAACUGCUGCUCGCCAAUACGCUGUCAUUGUAAACACACUCCCGACGAACAUUCAGAAUUCGGAAAAUAUAUUUGUAAAAGAGCUGGAUGUACUAGCUGUACUGGAUUUUCUAGCUCAUUCAUUUGCGGAUGUGGUGUACCCGUUAAUAGCCAUACAAUGACUAUUGAAAAGUUCGGAUUAGAAUAUCCGUCGCGAGGUUACCCACUAUUUGGGCUUGCCGAGUUGCAGGUAAUGGGCAGGUAUCAAAGAGACAGAUAUGUCGAUCUGAACCGCAAAUACAUGCCAGGUGUUUCCGUAAAACUAAUAUGGGGGUGA